AGCGUGGCCGGCUUUAUGGGGCAUGAACUCUCCACAUUCCUUCAAGGCGCUUCAGACUGCCGGGGAAAUAAAUCGGGCGCCGUCAGCGGCCCGUCACUAGACGCGCACCCCCCUCCGGCCUGUUCCCCCAAAUUCCUGCAGCCUUGUGUCAUGCUCUGCUCGGGGAGGAAGGCCGCUCCGCGGGGCUACGUUGGCCCUUGGCUUUCUCCCGAGAAGUCCAUGGGAACCUUAGUCCAAGGUGGAGCUCUGUGGACAGAGGCAAUGACUUCUAAGUACCUCUUUCUGAGUCUGGCCAUCUUCUCUUCACUUAUCCAAGUUGUGAUAGAAGCCAGCUCUUGGUGGUCUCUGGGUAUGAACCACAUGAACCCCAUGAACCCCGUUCAGAUGCCGGAGGUGUACAUCAUUGGAGCCCAGCCCCUUUGCAGCCAACUGGCCGGGCUCUCCCAAGGACAAAAGAAACUCUGCCACUUGUACCAGGACCACAUGCAGUACAUCGGAGAGGGUGCCAAGACGGGGAUCAAGGAAUGCCAGUAUCAGUUCCGCCACAGAAGAUGGAAUUGUAGCACUGUGGAUAACAACUCUGUUUUUGGCAGAGUCAUGCAGAUAGGCAGCCGGGAGACAGCCUUCACGUACGCAGUCAGUGCUGCCGGUGUGGUCAAUGCCAUGAGCCGGGCCUGCCGGGAGGGGGAGCUCUCUUCCUGUGGCUGCAGCCGGGCUGCCAGGCCGAAAGAUUUACCUCGGGACUGGCUGUGGGGUGGCUGUGGGGACAACAUUGACUAUGGCUACCGCUUUGCCAAAGAGUUUGUGGAUGCCCGCGAGCGAGAGAGGAUCUACCAGAGAGGAACUUACGAAAGCGCCAGGAUCUUGAUGAAUCUGCAUAACAACGAAGCAGGGAGGAGAACGGUGUACAGCUUGGCGGACGUGGCCUGCAAGUGCCACGGGGUGUCCGGAUCGUGCAGCUUGAAGACCUGCUGGCUGCAGCUGGCUGACUUCCGCAAGGUUGGCGACGCCUUGAAGGAGAAAUACGACAGCGCGGCAGCCAUGAAGCUCAACCCCCGGGGCAAGCUGGUGCAAGUGAACAGCCGCUUUAACGCGCCCACCAUCCACGACCUGGUGUACAUAGACCCCAGCCCCGAUUACUGUGUGCGCAAUGAGAGCACCGGCUCCUUGGGCACCCAGGGGCGCCUCUGCAACAAGACUUCGGAAGGCAUGGACGGCUGCGAACUCAUGUGCUGCGGCCGGGGCUACGACCAGUUCAAGACGGUGCAGACGGAGCGCUGCCACUGCAAGUUCCACUGGUGCUGCUACGUGAAAUGCAAGAAGUGCACAGAGAUUGUGGACCAGUUUGUCUGCAAAUAGAUGGGGACGGGUGGGAAGAGCUCUUUUUCCGAUCUACCAGCAGAGGGCAGUAGGGAGGGGGGAGGUUGCCCCAAGAAGGUCUCCACUCUUAUUUAUAGAGUCCAGCGGGUGCUUUCCUUGUUUAGAGAUUUUUAAAAAAAUCUUCUUCAGCAAGAAGUGAUGGGAAAGCUUGCUGCAUCCAGCUCAGACUGUGCAUAGUUUUUUAAAUAUUUUGUUUUUGUUUUGCAAUAACGGGUGGGAGAACCUGAGAGAAUAUUUAUUUUACAGGAUUUGGAAUUAAGAAAAGAAAAGAUAGAGUAGUUCAAAGGGAAAUCCAACCCAUCCCCAUAUAGCCUCGUGGGACAUAGUACAAGUGCAGUAGAUGAGGUAUCCGCCUUACAUGCUUUGGAUCAGAGCAUGACCCGUAAUGGCUUGGUGACAUACACAUGUGUGCAAGGCAUUUCUUCUGAGCUUUAGCAACCCAAAAGAAGCGAGACAGUCAGAUACAGCAUUGAUCCGUAUAUCUGUAACCUGUAGCGGGAGCUCUCCUCAACGUGGCAACUUGAAGGUGUGGGUGGAAGCAGAAUUUCCCAAAAGCCACAGUUGUGUUGCUAGGUAAUAUCUAAAGGCCCAUUGGCGUGACAUGGCGUUCCCCCAUUUAGGCUUGGGAAUUCUGUGCAAAUGCAUUGUGGGGAAUGACGCUAACCAGUAGUAGCCAGUGGGGUGGGGCCUCCCGACACCAGUAUUGCUCACAUUUGCCUGGAUGGCACUGGAGUAGGGUGGUAGUGAGUUCAAAGCUGUAACAACCUAUAUCGGGAGCGUGGCUCUGUAGCUCUGCCCGCCUGCAACAGCCAUGAUGGAUGCCAGUUUUAGGGCAGGUCGACGUUGCAGUUCUCUCAUCAGCACCGUCCCACAAUGCACCAUCUCGUGGGUCUCCAUUAGAAGGAAGAGGUAUUCUGAAUGGGCAGAGGAAAAAGAACCAACCUACCGAUUCCUUCAAACAGCUAGCAAACCAGGAGGAAGAAUAUCUGACUUUGACUGCACAGCGCAGAUCAAAGCAGAAUUUGGAACGUUGCCACGUCAAGUAAAACAUGCCUAUCUCACAUUAUGCACAUUUAGAAAAGCCUUUCUGCCUUACUUUAUAAGAAUAUUGAAGAGCUAUCUGUGGGAUUUCCUAAGCAGUGUAUGUGCCGGUUUGACUGUGCUGAAACUGCAGCUGCAUCGUGUGUGCAGUCUGCAAAGUCCUUAAAAACAACAAUAAUAAAUUCAAAACUAAUUCUUUCUUUUUAAAGUGUUGUGCGUAGUCAGUUCCCUUUUUAAAAAAAUCAGUUGACUGAUAGCAUUGUGGAAUUUGGGGAAAUGCUGAGUUGAUGAAACGCCGCGUGGUACUUCUUUUUCUAAAGUGCUGUUACAAUUCAAAGUGCCGUGUGGCAGCAACGCCUAAGCUAUCAUCCUGUGUCUUUUUCAUUUUAAUGCACAAUGCUUUAGAAAUAUAUUGCAGCUGUGCACAAACUGCUCAAACUGUACUUGAGCAAUUAUAUAUGAGAAAACUAUGGUCUGCUGGUGUCUGGUAUCUCAAACCUUUUUUUAAAAAAUACAAUCAUAUUAUCAGGACAAAGUAGAAACUUAUGAUUUCUUUUUUUAAAAGAAAAAAGAAAAAAAACCAAUAGCACAACAGUACAAAAGGCUUUCAAUUUGCCAGGUCAGGUCAGUUUCUUUGUUUAGACUGAACUUGUUAUUAUCUGCUCCCCACCCCGGUCCACAUUUAAAAUAGCACACACUAACAAAGUUGGGUUUUUUUAAAACAAAAGUCAGGUAGGGUGUUUUUGUUUUUUGCAGGUUUUCACAACACAUGGGUGUUGAAGGGAAAGUCAAUCACAAAUUAAUCAACGCUUUUUCAAAUUCCUCCCAGAACAUAGUAUCUUUCUGCUCAAUUCAGUGAAAGCUCCUGUAUACCCUCUACUGUUGGUUAUGUUUGGGGACUGUACGUGCUUGGUGCGUGAGUUUGCAAUGAUUUGGAGCAGACUUCCACAACCUACUGCCCUCCAAAUGUUUGGGAUGGCAACUCCCAUCAGCCCCAGGGCCAUUGGGAGUUGAAAUUCCAAGCUUUUAGACUGUUGGUGCCAACACAGAGCGCCAAUGCUUAAAAGUUUGCACUGGUUACCCCUAUGCAACUGAGCUGAGUUCAAGGCCAUUUAACUACUUGGGCCCAAGAUAUCCAAAGGACCACCUCAUAUUGCAUAUCCCUGUUUGAUCACUAGCUUAUUAGUGGUCCCCUGUGGCUCAGGUGCUGAGAUUGUGUCUACCAGGAGACAUGCUUUCUAAGUUGUACGUCCAACUGUGGAGUUUCCUCCCAGCUGAGAUCAGACCUGUUGACCUCCUGGUCCCUUGGUGAAGACUUUUUUGAUCAGUUGCAAUUGAUUUUGAGAUGCGUGCUGUAUCGCUCUUGUACACGGCUUAGAAAUGAGGGUUCUAAGCGGUAUAUAAAUUGAUAAAUCUGGAGGGCACCAGGCUGGGGGAAGCUUGCUUAGAAGCGUUCUCUUUCUGCAACGCUGUCAUUGCGGAUCAUGGAAAUGAGAGACACAAAUGCAUCUUAACACAAACGGCCCAUGUUAAAUUUUUUUAAAAGGCAGUCUUAGCUCUUGCCUUUGCCACAACCCCAGUGCUGCCUUUUCAUUCCUUGAAAGACCUCUGCUCUUCCCCUAAAUCAUCCUGUCCAAUACAUAUAAGCAGAUUGCAAUGAAUUCCAGGCUUCCAUAUUAGCAUUACCAUUUUAGAAGCUUUACUUUUUUGAAAUUCUGUGAGCUGUCUCAUUAAUGCCAUCAGGAUUAUCAGCUUUCCAAAUGAUGAUUGCUCUUAAUUUAUUGUGCAAGGGUAUAUUUAACUUCCCUGGUUCCUGGUGUCUGCAAACCAAUGUCAACUUAAAAAUAAAAUGAAAUAAAGCACUAGUUCACUGAAUAUGUCACUUUUGGUUUUUAUUAUACAAAAACCAUAAUCCUUUUUCUAAAAAAAUAUGUUGAAUCACUUAUUCUUUAUAGCGACUCCUGUCUGUGAGAGCAGACAGGAAUCUAAUGAUCCUAGCUAUUAAAAUGCUAUUUAAUGUAAAAUAUUUCACUUGUGUUCUUCAGAUAUUAUGUAAAUCUACUAUGUCCUCUUCUUUGUUCUGUACAUUUAAUGUACAUAUUUUCGUCUCGUGUGAUUUGUAUAUUUCACUGGUUUUUUAAAAAAGGCUUAUGCCGUAACGGAAAAUAGACUAUAAAAAUAAAAUGUUGGUUAUA